AUGGAAAGAGGAGCAUUGGAAUUGUCAGUAAAUUCUGCAAAGUUGAAAUUCAAGCCAUCAGUUUCAACAUUUCACUUUUACUUUCCUGCUCUCUCUCCUCCCCUUACCCUCGUCCCUCUCACAACAGGCGUAGAAGACAUCGUGGCGAUAAUGAUUCCUGAGCCCAAAGGGAAGGAGAUCGUCAGCCUGCUGGAAAGAAACAUCACCGUGACGAUGUACAUCACCAUCGGUACCCGGAACUUGCAGAAAUACGUGAGCCGCACGUCGGUUGUGUUUGUCUCCAUCUCCUUCAUCGUCCUGAUGAUCAUUUCCCUCGCAUGGCUGGUCUUUUAUUAUAUCCAGAGGUUUCGAUAUGCAAAUGCCAGGGACAGGAACCAGCGCCGACUGGGGGAUGCAGCGAAGAAAGCAAUCAGCAAGCUCCAGGUCAGGACCAUCAAGAAGGGCGACAAGGAAACAGAGCCCGACUUUGACAACUGCGCAGUCUGUAUUGAAGGGUACAAGCCCAGCGACGUGGUCCGGAUCUUGCCCUGCCGGCAUCUUUUCCACAAGUCCUGUGUUGACCCCUGGCUCCUAGACCAUCGCACCUGCCCCAUGUGCAAGAUGAACAUUCUUAAAGCCCUAGGGAUCCCGCCCAACGCCGACUGCAUGGACGACUUGCCCACCGACUACGAGGGAUCUCUGGGAGGCCCACCAACCAACCAGAUCACAGGUGCAAGCGACACGACUGUAAAUGAAAGUUCAGUCACUUUGGACCCUGCUGUUCGGACUGUGGGAGCCUUGCAGGUGGUCCAGGAUACAGACCCCACCCCGCAGGAGGGAGAAGUUAUCUUUUCUACUAACAGUGAGCAGGAGCCAGCUGUCAGCAGUGACUCUGAUAUCUCGCUGAUUAUGGCGAUGGAGGUUGGACUCUCUGAUGUAGAACUUUCCACCGACCAGGACUGCGAAGAGGUGAAAUCAUGAAAUGGCGAACAUAGAAGAAAGGGAUGGUAGGACCCAUGGGGAAGCGGGGGAGGCGUGCCCGAGACUUGGACCAGGCACACACACCUCCAGAACACCUCGGCAUCGGCAGGGCGCUCUGCUCAAGAAUGGUCAUGAAAAGCAAUAUCCAAAGUCCAGCUGAUCAGGAUGCAGUUUCUCCGUCUCUACAACAGCCCGCGGCCUUGGCAGCUUGGAAGCGGAAAGCUGGUGUUCCCUCCAGGGCCCUUGCAGACACCGAGGCCCCUAACAGACUGAAAGGACACUUUCGGGGCUUCUCGGUGUUCAUUUCAGUUUCCCCCAGUGUUGUUUUCUUGUUUUGGAAUUGUUGUUUGAUUUCCUUGGCAGUUUCUUUUUAAAGACUGUGUAUAGUUCCCUGUAGGUCCACUCCUUUGUUUUUCCUUCGAUCCACUCCAGCUUUUGCUUGGAGCUGUGUUUCGAAGCACCCAUCCCUGCUGUGACCAGUCCAUGUCAGUCUCUGAGACUAAGGACUUUGACCUCUCAGCAUGAGUGUGCACGGCUUUGGGAAGGGCCUCAGCACCUGAAACAGGCGAAGGCCAGCUCUCAUUAGGAAUCUAAAUUCUUUUCAAUGGAUCUUAACACUCCCAGCUGCCAGAGACCCCAACACGGAGCUCUGAAUGUGCUGAGGCCGCUGCUCAUUCUGCUCAGCAACAUCACACCGGCUCCCGCCUGCCAGGCUCCGCCAAGGGCCAUGUGACAUGAGAAGGAAGCUGUAGGGAGGCAGUUUAAUGUGUCUGGAUCUUACAGUGUGUGGCUGGAAUUCUGAGCUCAGAAGUCCCCUCCAGGCUUUAAGGCCACUCUCAUUGGCUGUAGGACUCUUAGCUGGAACUACGGGGCUAGUUUAAAAACCAGCUACCGCCCAUUCUUCCUGAAAGCGAACUGCCUGUUGUGCUGGCUCCCCCGAGCCUAGGACAGGCUUUGUUACCUCACCGGCUUCUGCAGGAGAUGGAGGCUUUAGGAACGUCAGCUUUGAACCUGGUGUCCACCACCAUGGGGGUCUCACCUUCAAUUGAACACAUCUGUUACACCUCCCCAGCUCGAGGGUUGUAGGUGAAUCCUUUACAGAUUGUUUCCCAGGUCUCCCUGAGGGUGUCCAGACACCACGUGGGGAGGGAGGUAGGAGUCGAUGAACCAUCUGGUCUAAAAAGUCCAGCACAGGAGUUGGCUAAGUCCAAGUUUCUCCUGACUGAGAGAGACAGAGAAAGAAAAAGAGGCAUCUGCAUUUUGAAACGGUUAUGUUUGUAUCUUUUUUUGUAACUAUGACAGAAAUGUGCUAUUUUUUUCUGUGGGCAAUUUUGUAAUCCAUGUAGACUCUCCCCACGCAGAUGCCUAAGGUGGUGAGCAGUCUCCCUGGACAGCCACAGUCACCUUGUCCUCUGUAGGAGGCUGACCGGGACAGGAAGCUGCCCUCCCUGAGUUCUCUGUGCAUCAAGGAGGCUUUUCCCUCUCCUCACACUAGCACUCUUCCAAAAACAGAGUUUGGCUCUGCCGUGCGGCCUUGCUGCCUGCUGAAGCGUAGAGUGUAGGUCAAGGAACACUGCUGGGUGCUCUUUGCCACCACCUUUGACCUUUCCUACUUGAUGCUUUCUACUUAGGUAGCAAGGCUAAGGGAAAUGAUUGCCACCUUCAGAAAUAACCCAUCUGUCUGGGAGUCCAGCCCCUCCUGUACUGAAAUCCAGGGAGAAAUGACGGCGCUGAGGCGGGAGGCCCAGGUGAGCCGCGUACUUGCUGGGCCUCAACCGCUUCCUCUGUAAAGUGGAGGGAUUGAACAAGGUGGUGCCCAAGGCUCCUGUGGCCUUAGGACCACCAGUGAGCAGUUGGCCAGGGAUCUAUUUGUUGCAGGUAGCGAUGGCAGGUAGCCCACUUUCCACCUUGGAGAGGCAGAGGUGCUGGGCAUGUAACAUAGAGGAACAGCUUUGGGGAUUUGGCGCUCCUGGGUUGCUAAGAAUGAGCAUCUCAGUGAUUGAAAGUUUCCAGCCAAAGGAGGAGUUGUUUGGUUUCACCUUGUUCUCAAUCUGCCAUUAGUCACAGAGUUUGCCUUCUCUGGACCCCUCAAAGCCUGGUUCUCAGAGUGCAAUUCAUCUCCAGGUGUUUCCUUUCUCAGUCAGAAAGGGCCUGCAAUACCUACUCCUCCUUCUGUCAGCUUGGCCCCAAACAAACUUCAGUGAUAAUUUAGUCAAGUGAACUUAGAAGGGUAAUUGAACAGAAGAAUGCAUUGUAUUGCUUACCCAGAGAGAAAAUGCCUGUGGAGUGCAUGGUCCUCUGACCAUGGUUCUCUCUUCCUGCCAUGACCAGGUGCAGAGGAAUCGAUUGCAUGUGGCUGCAGCAACCCCUAGAGGGCGCUGUGUAGAUGCUGAGGGCCAGGAGGCUCACUGGAGGCCUGUGGGCCUGACCCCAUGGAGGCUCUGCCGCAAACCCCCUGAGUCUGCGAGGUUCUCCAGUUACCAAAGGUCUGUCUCUGGAGACUCCUCCUGUAGCUUUUUAAACAAUUUUUUUAACCAGCAUAGAAGG